AUGGACAAUCAACAGCAGACGAAAUUAGCUGGUAUACAACUAGCUAAUCCUAAUCAUCCAUUAGUUAAUGGUUUUCUAUCUGCAUCGAAACAUGCUCAACAAAACUAUCAAUCUGAUGCUGUUCUUAUUACAUUUAAUUGUGGUAAAAGUAAUGUUAUUCAUAUGAUAUCACAUUUUUAUUUACAACAUUCUGAAACUCGUGAUACUCAUCAUCAAAUGUCAGCUAAACAAUUUGCAAUAGAUAUAAAAGCAUCAACAGUUGUUAGAAAUCUUGUUGCAAAUCAAGGUCAACAUAUAAAUGAUGCUGAAAUUCAAUCAUCAUCAACAUUAGAACAAUUCGUUUAUAAUCAUAAUUUUGGUUGUUUUCAUUGUAAUCUAGAAUUUUUUUAUUAA